AACACCACUUUUGCCCGGUGCGGCCUUUCACACGCAACAGUCCUAACAUCGCAUCGCGCUAUCUCACAAACAUUCAACAAGAUGGCGUCGGCCUCACCCUCAUCACCCGACGCGUCUACGACAGCUCCACGCGCCUCAGCCAGGGUUCGCAAGGCGACAGAACAUUUCGCCUCCAGCGGCACGGCGAAACGAAAGCGCGGCGGAGACGAUGCAGAGGACGCAGAGCUGGAGGACGAUGAAGAGUCAGAAGAGGCGAGCGAUCCUGAGGACGACGAACCCGACGAGGAGGAAAUCCGUGAAAGGACCAAAAAGUCCAAAUCGCGAAAGCCAAAGAGCACUGCUACAAAGACCGCACCCAAAAAGCCAGCGCAGAAGAAGCCAAAGACCAAUGGGCUCUCCUUGCCAUUCAGAGGAAAUGCCACGAAGAAACGCGCACCGAAGAAGGCGACAGCUAUUGACAGCAACGAUGCCGAAGCAGCUGGAGGCCUGUACGCAGAUCUAUUCGCACACGACAAGACGAUGGACGAGGUCGUGUCUGCUUGGCUGAAGGCGUUCGAAGAGCACGAAUCGCUCGCUCUGGCCGACGCCACGGAGCCGACAGAAUACCCACUGAUCGCAAAGGGUAAGAACACAGCUGCCUUCAAGCAGAGCAUCACUGCUUUCCUGCAACGAUUUACCAAGGCGCUGGGUGCAAGUGGUCUCUUGGUCUCAAAUCCGGAGCUGAUGGAGAACAUUGAAGUAUGGCUCUCCACAAUGAGUACUGCGUCCAAUCGUUCCUUCAGACACACCGCCGCAGUGUGCUCUCUCAGUAUCAUCACAGCUCUCUGCGAAGUGGCCAAAGAUCUUUCGGAUAAAUCUGCCAGCAGUCAGCGACACGCCCAGACGGAGCAGAAGAAAGCAAGACCGAACAAGGAGCGCGCGAAAGAAUUUGCCAAUAAGGCGAAAGAGGCUGGUGAAGCAUUUGAGCUUGUUCGGAAGUUACUGAAGGACUGGUUCGACACAAUCUUCAUACAUCGCUACCGCGACAUCGAUCCCACUGUUCGCCGUGACUGUGCGGCCGCUUUGGGAGACUGGAUUGUUACGGUACCAGAGAUCUUCUUCGAUGUCCACCACUUGCGCUACCUGGGCUGGCUCCUCAGUGAUGAGUCAGGCGCGACCCGCGGCGAAGUCCUGAAGCAGCUCCAGCGGCUGUACAAGGACGAUGAUAAGCUCGGUGGGCUACGGACGUUCACAGAGAAGUUCCGACCUCGAUUUGUUGAGAUUGGAACUUCAGAUGUUGAACUCAACGUGCGCAUUGCUGGCAUAGAGCUCCUCGACACUCUGCGACAGAACAGUCUCCUCGAACCAGAUGACAUCGAUGCCGUGGGCCGGCUUGUGUUCCAUGAUGAGGCUCGAAUUCGCAAAGCUGUCGCUGGCUUCUUCGCCGAGAAUGUCAAUGAAAUCUACGAGUCAAAGUUGACGGAUCUCGGCGGCUUGGAGAGUCUCGAGGAGACUCUGCCGGACCCAGGCGAGGACAACUUCGAGGCACCACGACUAGAGUGGCUCAAAUUCAGAUCUCUUGCAGAGAUGCUCACAGCGUACGAUGUCGACGAGCAUGUUCCAGACCAUCUACAAAGGAACUCUGCGGACGGCAGCCUCAUCCUGCGAGCAACGAAUGUCGAGUCGCGAUUCACACUCGCCGUCGACUCCAUCUACAGCAAGGUGGAUGAGCUAAAAGAGUGGCAAGCCCUCGCCGGAUAUUUGCUCUUCGAUCAUUCAGACGACCGUCUUAAGGGCAACACCGAUGACACGAUUGCACAGUUCAAACAAGAGUGUAAAUUGCCAAAGCAAGAGGAAGUCAUCCUACUGGAGGUGCUGAACGCCUGCGUCAAGCGUUCUUUGAGCACCCUCGCCGAGCCUAUGGCUGCUGCAAAGACCAAGGUGAACAAGAAACAGCGCGAAGACAUGCAAGAGGACCUCGAGGAGGCUGUCCGCAACCUCUCUGAUCUGACUCCCAAGCUGCUCAAGAAGUUUGGAGACACUCCGGGUACAGCAGCAGCAGUGCUCCGUCUCGAAAGUGUCUUCAGCUUGCCGACACUCCAAAGCCUACGUCAAGACCCAGCAAUCAACAGCACGCUUCUGGACGAUCUUCGAAAGCAAUUCAUGUCGCAUGGGACCGACGACGUGCUUGCUCCUGCGACUGCGGCUAUUCUCCACGCCAAGUCAUACGGCGAGCUCGAUGAUGGUGCUCUGGAGAAGCUGAGCAGCUUAUGGGAUGAUGUCGUUGGGAAUCUGGCCGAGCUGCUCGACGUGUCCACCAUCACCGUUCGCGGGGCAUCACGGCAAGAGGAAUUGGCAGCGCUCAGCAACAAUCUACUGCGAAUUGUACGGCUGUCAACAGUCUCCAGCUGCAUUCAGCCUCUCGAGGACAGCAGUGUUGCAGCUCGCAAUGAUGAAACUGAGGUUGAGUACAAUGGCGCAAUCGACUUCAUCGUCGAUCUCAUUUUGCGUGCCGUCAAUUCGUCUGGUACGACUCCAAGCCCAGAGGAAGCAGCGCUGGAAGAUCUGAUCGCCGCUCGUGCUGCUGACGCGGCCAUGCUCUACUUUCAAUGGAAGCUGUCGUCGAUCAUGGACUCGGUCAAGGCUGGCACGAAUUCCACAGACAUGUUCGACCUCCUCGAACCACUCGCAGCACGCCGCGAUGCAUUCGUGGAAAAAGUCACCAGUGUUUUGGACUCUCGCAAAGCGGGUGAUCAGAUCUGCUAUUCGGUCACCACCUGUCUGCUCGAUCUGUACACAUCUGCGGCGGUCCUUCGUACUCAGAACGCCAAGCCUGGGACUAGCGACGACUACACUGUCUUGAUCAUGGACAUGGAGCCCGAGCAGGAGCAAGCGGUGAUGAAAGUGUUCAUAGCGCACGAGAAGGAAUUCGCACGACUAGUCGGCAAGAAGCUAGAGUCGACGACCACAGACGACGCCGACAUCGAUGUCGACGCGGAUCCCAUCGAUGACGAUCCGCUGUCCGACAGUGACUCUGAUGACGAGCAGGAAUCACAAGCAAGGCAACAAGACCGCGAUGCCAAACUCGCCAAGCCCUUGAUCGCCGAGCAGAAACUGUGCCAACUUACCGGCAAGCUCAUCUUCGCCAUCGCGGCAGGAGUCAUUGAUAGUCCCGCGACCCGAAAGCGAUUGGAGCGGAAUAAGACGAAGCUCGGGCCGAACUUCAAGGAAGUGCUAGCAUAUCUAGACUUGUCGACUGUGAGCAAGAAGAAAGCGGCGGCCAAGAGCUCAAAGUCAAAGGCGAAGCCUGCUCGUCCUGCUGCUAAUGGGGUUGCUGCGGUGAAGAAAAAUUUCAAGUCGAAUGCUAUCGUGGCGGAGGAUGAGGUGGAUGACGAGAUUGAAGAUGAGGAGGAGGAGGAGGCGGCGAGGACGAGGGAGCUGAAUGAUGACAAUCAACCAGAGCCGCAGGAAGAGGAUGAGGAAAUGAUUGAUGGGGAUCCGAUGGAGGAGGAAAGUGUGCUCGGCGACUGAGCAUGUGUGAUGGA